AUGGCCAUCAGCGUCCGGACGCGCAUCGCACCCUUGCUCCUCAGGAUGGUCUGGGACGGCAACCCGCUGGUCUGGAACGGCAACCCGCUGGUCUGGGACGGCAACCCGCUGGUCUGGUCCGACAAGUACGGCUGGGUGUUCGCCGUCCCGCCGACGCCCGUCUUGCCAGGUCAGGGGGUGAGCACGAGGCUGACUCCCGAUAUCCUCACCUCGGGGACGUGGCACCAUCGGCUUUGA